ACAAAACGGAAGUGUACUGCUAAGGCGAGCUGGUUCUUCUGCAGAGUGGAAAUGUUCAAAGCAAAAAUCCUGUUUGUUGGUCCAAAUGAGAGUGGGAAAACAGUUCUUGCUAAUUUUCUCUCCGACACCACAGAGUUUGUCGGAGGUGAAUACAGUCCUACCCAAGGAGUAAGGAUACUCGAAUUUGAAUCACAAUGUGAAAACAUCAGAGACAACAGGGUUUACGAGGUGGAGCUUUGGGAUUGUUCCGGAAAUUUCAAAUUUGAGUCCUGCUGGCCAGCACUGAUGAAGGAUGCCAGCGGUGUUGUGAUCAUUUUUAAUCCAGAUGUUUCCACUCACCUAGAUGAAUUAGAGUCGUGGCAUUCGAUGUUCAUUUACACUCAAGGUUUGCAAGCUGAACAGUGUCUACUCAUCGCUCACCACAAGCCUGGCAGCGAAGUGAACGACAAACGGCUGUCUUUAGGCUCAAAAUUGAGCGGGCUGCCGCUUAUUCACUGGAACCUGGAGGAUGAACCACAGCACGUGAAGCCAGCUUUCCACAGAUACUUGGAAAAUGUUUUAAAAACAAUGUCGGAAAGUCGAGAACGAGAGGAGAUGUCUAUCAUUACAUAACAGCAAAAUCUACAACACAUGCCGCUCAAUGAAGAAAAACUCUCACCAUUGGCAGUCUCUUUGUAAAUGUGAUACUCGUAAACAAUUCCCAUUUUUUAAUUAUUGAUAAGUCCUUGCAGUCAUACAACGGUCAAUGUUAUCUUCAUCAAACCUUUGCAAACCUUCCUUUCCUACAAUAAGCCAGGUAUUUUCUACAAGACCCUAAAGUAGUCUUCAUUUGUUGCACUUUUGUAUUUUUUCCAUUGCAUCUCUGUUUUAAAUAAAAGAUUUACUCAAGCUGGAAA